GCUGAGUGGAGAGAAGACGUUCCCAGAUCAGUCAGUGGCUUCAUGGAGUUAUGUACCUCUGAUCCGCCGCCAUGGAUUGCAAUCCGCGAUCACUCUUUUUCAUUUUACUUCUUUUAUUGUCCUGCGUUACUCCUGCGUUUCCCGUCAUCUACCCUCCGAAUGAAGUCAACCUGUUAGACUCUAAAGCGAGCCAAGGGGAGUUAGGAUGGAUUUCCUACCCGUCGCAUGGGUGGAGGGAAAAUUGGGAGGAGAUCAGUGGGGUGGAUGAGCACUACACUCCCAUCAGGACCUUCCAGGUCUGCAAUGUGAUGGAAUACAGCCAGAACAACUGGCUCCGCACCAACUGGAUCCCUCGCCAGUCCGCUCAGAAGAUCUACGUGGAGCUAAAGUUCACCCUGAGGGACUGCAACUCCAUCCCGCUGGUGCUGGGCACCUGCAAGGAGACUUUCAACCUCCUGUACCUGGAGACAGACGACGACCAGGGCAGCCACUUUCGAGAGCACCAGUUCUCCAAGAUCGACACCAUCGCCGCCGACGAGAGUUUUACCCAAACGGACCUGGGAGACCGUAUCCUCAAGCUCAACACUGAGGUACGCGAGGUGGGCCCUCUGACCAAGAAGGGCUUCUACUUGGCGUUCCAGGAUGUGGGUGCUUGCGUAGCUUUAGUCUCGGUGAGGGUUUACUUUAAAAAGUGCCCGUACACUGUGAGGAACCUGGCCACCUUCCCGGACACGGUGCCCAUGGACUCCCACUCGCUGGUGGAGGUCAAAGGCUUGUGUGUCAACCACUCCAAAGAGGAAGAGCCCCCGCGAAUGUACUGCAGCACGGAGGGGGAGUGGCUCGUACCGAUCGGGAAGUGUCUGUGUAACCCAGGAUAUGAAGAGAGGAGCAAUACCUGCCAAAUGUGCAGGGCAGGCUUCUACAAAUCUGCCCUCGGGAACCUGGAGUGUUCGAAGUGUCCACCUCACAGCUUCUCGCACCACGAGGGUUCGCUGCACUGUGGCUGUGAGAAGAACUUCUUCCGGGCGGAGGGAGACCCCGCGUCCAUGGCCUGCACCAGACCGCCUUCAGCCCCCAGAAAUGUGAUCUCCUCCAUCAACGAGACCUCCGUGAUCCUGGACUGGAGCUGGCCCGAGGACACCGGAGGACGCCGGGACGUCACCUUCACCGUCCUCUGCAAACGCUGCCGCGGCGUCACCGCCAACGGCAGCAACAGCGGCACCCAGCGCUGCGAGCCCUGCCGGAGCAACGUCCGCUUCCUGCCCCGAGCCGCGGGCCUCCACAACACCACGGUGACGGUGGGCGACCUGCUGGCCCACACCAACUACACCUUUGAGAUCGAGGCCCUGAACGGCGUCUCCGCACUGGCUCCCAAAAUGAGGCAGUACGCCGCCGUGACCAUCACCACCAACCAAGCCGCUCCCUCUCCGGUGACCGUAAUCAGGAAGGAGAAGACGUCUCGGAACAGCGUCUCACUCUCCUGGCAGGAGCCAGAAAGACCCAACGGCAUCAUCCUCGACUACGAGAUCAAAUACUACGAAAAGGAAGAGCAGGAGACCAGCUACACCAUCCUCCGGGCUCGAGGCUGUAACGUGACCCUGAAUGGUCUGAAGUCCAACACUGCCUACCUGCUGCAGAUCAGAGCUCGUACUGCGGCUGGUUAUGGCGCCAGCAGCCCCACCUUCCAGUUUGAGACCAGCCCUGACUCAGCGUUCUCGAUCUCCAGUGAGAGCAGCCAGGUUGUCCUGAUCGCCAUCUCAGCCGCGGUGGCCAUCAUCCUGCUCACCGUGCUGCUCUACGUCCUCAUCGGCAGGUUUUGUUGCCGCAGCAAAUCCAAACAUCCUGAUGAGAAAAGGCUCCACUUUGGAAACGGCCACUUGCGUUUACCGGGCAUCAGGACCUACGUGGACCCCCACACGUACGAGGACCCCAGCCAGGCGGUGCACGAAUUCGCCAAGGAGCUGGACGCCUCCUGCAUCGCCAUUGAUAAAGUCGUAGGAGCAGGUGAGUUUGGAGAGGUGUGCAGCGGCCGACUGAAGCUGCCCAGCAAAAAGGAGAUUUGCGUGGCCAUCAAGACUCUCAAAGGAGGAUACACAGACAAGCAGAGGCGAGACUUCCUCGCCGAGGCGUCGAUCAUGGGACAGUUUGAUCACCCCAACAUCAUCCGGCUGGAAGGCGUGGUCACGCGCAGUAAGCCUGUCAUGAUUGUCACUGAAUACAUGGAGAACGGGUCCCUCGACAGCUUCUUAAGAAAGCAUGAUGCCCAGUUCACGGGAAUCCAGCUGGUCGGCAUGCUGCGCGGCAUCGCCUCGGGGAUGAAGUACCUCUCCGACAUGGGCUACGUUCACCGAGACCUGGCCGCGAGAAACAUCCUGGUCAACAGCAAUCUGGUGUGCAAAGUGUCAGACUUUGGUUUGUCCCGAGUCCUGGAGGACGACCCGGAGGCUGCUUACACCACCAGGGGAGGUAAAAUCCCCAUUCGGUGGACGGCUCCAGAGGCCAUCGCCUACAGGAAGUUCACCUCAGCCAGCGACGCUUGGAGUUACGGCAUCGUGCUGUGGGAGGUCAUGUCCUACGGGGAACGGCCCUACUGGGAGAUGUCCAAUCAGGAUGUAAUAAAAGCUGUGGACGAGGGCUACCGCCUGCCGCCGCCCAUGGACUGUCCUGCCACGCUCUACCAGCUGAUGCUGGACUGCUGGCAGAAAGAGAGGAACAACCGGCCCAAGUUUGAACAGAUAGUCAGCAUCCUGGAUAAACUCAUACGCAACCCCGGCAGCCUCAAAAUUACGGCGAACACCACUUCCAGGCCUGCUAAUUUGUUGCUGGACAGGAGCAGCUCGGAGGUGCCCUCCAUGGGGACAAUGGGUGACUGGAUGGAUGGAAUGAGGACUUUGCCCUGCAAAGAGGCCUUCUCCGGGGUCAGCUACAGCUCCUGCGACACCUUGGCCAAGACUUCCACUGAUAGAGUGGUGCUGACGGAGGUCCACGUCACGCCAGCCUCCUGCCCGGAGUGGGAGCCGUCCAUGGGGAUCACCACUCUCUAACCUCCGCUUCUCUCCACCUCCCUCAGACUGUGGAUGGGAUCUGAAAAAGGUUGGAGUGACUAUUGUAGGACCGCAGAAGAAGAUAGUGAGCAGCCUGAAAGCUCUAGACUCCCACACUAAGAAUGGCCCGGUACCUGUUUAAAAAGACAAAACCAGCAAAGUGAAAAACCACCAGAGACCCAUCUGUUGGUCCACGUUGACUGUGGUUGCUAAUCGCAGUCUGACACAGCGGCUGCACACCCAGACUGGAAAUGGGGGGGAGGGGAGGGAAACAUGAUACGAUUCAAAUUAUGUCUUUCUUUGAUUGGUUGAGAGACAUUCGGAGACAGAAAUGGAAAAGCUCUGAGAUCAGGUGGAGAUCAGCCUGUCUGGCUCAGCCCUCUGCCCCUCCGUGCCCGUGUUGAGAUGCCUUACAGACUAGUGGAGGGGUGCAGAGCAACGGAAAGACAUGGAGGUCGGAGGAACGACGACUGUGACCGUACUGGGGAAAAGUACAGGGCGAAGACUGGACUAACGUAACGCUGGAGCUCUCCGUGAUUGUGGUUUGGCCGCGCGACGCCAGACUAUCAAAGCAGAGAAACGGCCGAGAUGCCUUGCUGGCGCGAGGAGGAGCAACCAGAUGUGGACCCCCUCCCGGAGUUACAAAACCUGAGGUGUGAGGUUUUGUUUGCAACUACCUACAUUCACAGUCUCGGUCCAAGAGAGAGCUGAGCUGGUACGGACACACCGAGAUGCUAACCGAGCCAUUUUCCUCUUUAGCUCUAACCUAUAGCAUUUGCAUUCUGUGGACAUGUCACAUUAAAGCAAUAAUAACGAAAUCAGUCUCAUUACAUGGAAGCCAUGAGUCAAGUCACCUGCAUUACGCAUUGAAUGCUGCGCUUGGAAGUUACCGGGGCCAUAACGCGUUUCCCACACCCAGUUUUCUUUUCAGUGACAUCAAUGUUUUAUGUGCUUAUGAGCAGAUAUUGUACAGUUGUCGUGCAGAUUCCUCUGUGACCCAUUGCCCUUUGUGCAAAAUCUCAGGAUGUAUGCUUUGUUCUGCGGUCUCUAACGAGGGGAGACCAAGUGAACGGAGCGGAGACAGAACCUGAGAGUCCAGGCUGAGAAAGAUGUGCAUGGAAAGAGUGAAACUGCAAAAGAGGGCAAAAAGAACUUGAAUGGGAUGAAACAGUGUUAGCCCUCGCAUUUAAACGUGUGGCAGAAGUGCUUGAACGUGGAGUUUUAACUUCAUCUUCUCUGGUUGGAAAAACAAGUUUGCAUCACCAACGUCCCACAAAAAAAAGUGUCAAUAUCUGUUUGAAGUGAAGGAUUUUUUUUGUGUGUGUGUGUGUGUCAGAUCAGUAUUUUGCUGCCAGUCUGAAAACGUAUUGUCCAGUUGCUUAGGUUUGAAUCCAUAACUUAUUAACAACAACCAUGUGGGAUCUGUCUUCUAUUUUCUGAUUGGACGUUUAGUUUGAAGUUCAGUUGAAUCUAAUCCAUAAAUUGUUGAAUACAAAAAGCGGAGUGCCUCUAAUAGUCAGGCUGGAUCACGUCGGACCCCUGAAGCAAAAAGAUCCAGUUUACAAGUUUGCGUUUUGAGAAAGUUGUGUUUUUCUGUUUCUGUUUGUUCGUGUGUUUACCUUUCCUCUUGGGAUUGAUCAACAAUUGCCUAAACUAACUAAGUGUGAAAAUGCUCUGACUGAAUUGCAACAGUUGCGAUACAUGAUUGCUUUCUGCGGUAGUAUCCUAACACGCCAUGCGUCAAGGACGGGAUUUCCUAAAGGCACCCUCGAAGGUCUUUGGAACAAGGAAGUACAUUUCUUGCAGACGCCCGUCUCUUGCUUUGAUGUCUCCCAGCCAGUCCCUGAGUGCAACACAGACCCAGUAUUUCUCAACUGGCACUUUGGUACUUUGUGCUAUCGGAGGGGCAACGAUCCGCCCCGGAGGUGCUGUUGUAAAGCCUCUUCUAGCACUUAUAGUACACAGUAUUGGAGCACUUUUAAUGGAAAUGUUAUUGCCUUGGCUGUAGACUAAAUGUAUUUAACGGACAGGGGUGAAUUUGGUGCUUUUGGGAAACCCAGCCCAGUUCAGUCUGUCAGUGCUGUUUUCUGUUUCUCGGUCGACCUGUGGAUGCUGCUGUUGCUGCUAUGUGUUCAGAUUAGCAUGUACAUAAUGUAAACCAUCAUAAUGAUAGCAACUAGCACUACAGAUAUCACUACAUGUACAUGGCCAUCCUCCCCCUUUUUUUUUGUACAAAUGUUUGUAUGUAUAAAAAGACAAAAUAAAAAUUGUGCAACAUUUUUGAUUAAAAAAAUGGAG